GUCAUUCUUACUUUGGCAGACAAUAUGAUACAAUUCGACGUUCUUUUAAAUCGUUUAGGCGGGGCUGGACUCUCACAAGUUAUCAUAUUUGUUCUGCUUGGGUAUUUUAACGUUCCGGGCGGAUUUAAUGCGUUAGCUACUGUGUUUAUUGCCUAUAUACCAGACUCAAGAUGCAACGUACCACCGUUAGACAACGCUACAGCUUACCCUAACCUUACAGAACCAGAUAUUUUAAACUACACGACACCAUACGAUGCUACUAAACUAGCAUACGAUACAUGUAGCAGGUACGGGUACGACUUGAAUGCAUGUAAUGGAGACCUGACAUGCGUCAAUCAAUCUUACCCGGUAGUCGUAUGCGAUAAAGGAUAUUAUUAUGAUAAAGCAAUGUUCACAGAGACCGUGGUCACUGAGUUUAAUCUAGUAUGCGAUCGCAAAUACCUUGGUUCCCUCUCCACGUCUCUCUACUAUGCUGGUAUGAUGAUAGGUUCGAUUCUCUUUGGAAACUUUGCUGACAUGUUUGGGCGCAAACCAACGAUGGUGCUAACGUUUAUUGGGGUGCUUGGUUCAAUGUUUGGGGUUACUUAUUCAACGUCCGUUGAAAUGUACAUGGCGUUUCGCACCGCUACAGCUGCAUUUGGUUAUGGAACUACUAUUGGAACUUUUGUUUACAUUACUGAAGUAGUAGGAAACAAAUGGCGCACUUUCUUUGGCAUCGGGUACCAAGUUUUCUUCGCACUAGGAUACAUGAUAAUGUCAGGUGUGGCAUUUAACUGGAGGAACUGGCAUGAUAACAUGUUGGUAAGCACCUUACUGAGUAUACCGUUUCUACUUUUCGCCAUCAUUGUACCGGAAUCGCCACGUUGGUUAUUUACGAAGAAUAAAGACAAAGAAGGAAUUAAGGUGACAAAGUUGUUGGCAAGGAUAAACAAAGUAACGAUCACUGAUGAAGAUUGGGAAGAAGCUAGACGAGCCGGAGAUGAACAAGAGAAAGCUAAAGAAGGGACUUCAGAAAGAAAAUACACGAUAAUUGAUCUAUUUAGACAUCGUGGAACGUGCAUUAUUACCAUAAAAGUAAUGUUUAACUGGUUCGUGAACAGUUUUGUAUACUACGGAAUUUCAUUAAACGCCGGUGCGUUAGCGGGGGAUAUUUUUGUAAACAACACAUUAAACGGAGUAAUGGAAAUUGGAUCCUACGUAUUAUGCAUUUUAUUGAUGGACAGAAUUGGACGACGAAUUUUGCUUUCGGGGAUGAUGUUCUUGUCUGGUAUUGGUCUUAUUAUAAGCCUCGUUGUCAAUGAAUAUAAAGGGAGCAAUCAAGGUCUUGAAACUUUAAGUUUAGUGUUCGCAUUUGCAGCGAAAAUUGGGAUCUCUGGUUCCUUUGCUAUCAUAUACAAUCUAACAAGCGAGCUGUAUCCCACUGUAGUAAGAAGCAAUGGUGUGGGAGCGGGAUCAUUAAUGGCGCGUGUCGGUGGAAUAAUUGCGCCAUUUUUGAUCGCUUUGCAAGAUGAUGUAACAUGGUUGCCUAACGCUAUUUUCGGAAUAUUUGCUUUAUUAGCUGGGCUCGCAUCUUUGACUUUCCCCGAAACAAACGGUCAUAAAAUGAUGGAAACAAUUGAAGAAGCCGAAAUAUUUUAUAAAACAGGGAAAAUAAUCAGUUGGGAUGAAAGUGUAUCUAGUUCUAAUGACGUCAGUAUGGAGAAGAGCGACGUGGGACAUGACAACGCAGGGUUCUCAUCUAUCGGGGAAAACGAGACAAAAACUGCAAAAUUUUAAUUCCCCCCC